AUGGACCAGAUAAAGCCAGUGCUGGGCACCCAGAGAAGGGGCCUGAGGCUCAGCUGCUGGAAGGUGACAAUUGCUGCUGCUGUGGUGGGCAGUGUGACAGCCCUGUACCUGGGGAUCCUGCUGGGCUGCCAUCCCCUGGGAGAAACCAUCUUUGAGCACACGGUGGAGCUGCGAGGGAUCCCCUUCAACAGCAGCCUGCAGAUGGAGAGCUCAGACUACUACAGGGUGCUGACACCUGCCCUGGAGAGGCUGUUUCUGUCCAGUUUCCAAGCCUCCCAGCUGGACUGGAGCUGCACUGGUUGCACCAUCCUGGGCUACAGCAGGAAUGGGAACUCCAGUGUCAUCGUCCGCUUCCGCCUCCGCUUCACCCCCCAGGAUUCCCACCCCCUGAGCUCUGCCAUGGAGGAGGAAGCUCUCAGGCAUGGGCUGGCAGCCACCCUGCACCAGGAGGGGCUCUCCCUGGCUGCCUAUGGGACCAUAUCCUCAGCUUCUCUCACCGGUCCCGGCGAGGCUUCUCCCUUUAGACCUGGACUGAAAUCAGGGAGCUGUCCUGGAGACACAUUCAUGUGCUGCAGCAUCCAGGGUGUAUGACAAGAAAACCCUGGAUGUCAUAGCCAGAAAGAUGCCUCUGAUGAAAGGGGCUGUGACUGCGGGAGCCGACCCGCCAUGCAGACUGCCAGCAGGAUCGUCGGAGGCUCGGAGGCAUCCAGAGGGGAAUUCCCAUGGCAAGUCAGCCUGCGGGAGAACAACGAGCACUUCUGUGGUGCUGCCAUCCUGACAGAGAGGUGGUUGGUGUCUGCUGCUCACUGCUUCACUGAGUUUCAGGACCCAGCCAUGUGGGCAGCUUACACGGGCACCACCUCCCUCCGAGGCUCAGACAGUGCCACAGUGAAAAUGGGAAUCACACGGAUCAUCCCACACCCCUCCUACAACACGGACACGGCCGACUACGACGUGGCUGUGCUGGAGCUGAAGAGACCCCUGAGCUUCACCCAGUACAUCCAACCCGUGUGCCUGCCAGAGCCUGGGCAUCACUUCCCCACCAGCCAGAAAUGCCUCAUCUCAGGCUGGGGUUACCUCAAGGAGGAUUUCUUGGUGAAACCUGAGUUCCUGCAGAAAGCAACAGUGGAGCUGCUGGACCAGAACCUGUGCUCCAGCCUCUACAGCCACGCUCUGACUGACAGGAUGCUCUGUGCUGGCUACCUGGAGGGCAAAAUCGACUCCUGCCAGGGUGACUCUGGUGGGCCCCUGGUUUGUCAAGAACCAUCUGGCAAGUUUUUCCUGGCAGGAAUUGUGAGCUGGGGAAUUGGAUGUGCUGAAGCCAGGAGGCCUGGGGUUUACACACGUGUUACCAAACUCAGAGACUGGAUCCUGGAUGCUAUUUCUGCCUUCCCCACCUCCAUGGGCCACGCUGUCCCUCCAGGACACCCCAGUACUAACAGUAACAUGGGCAGCUCUGAAGAGCUCAGCACUAGGACAAUCCCCACCACAGCCUCAGCCCCAGCUCCCAACAGGACAGAGAUGGCAGCAAGACCACAAGAGUGUGGAGAACGACCUGGGUUCUCUAAACCCAGCAAGAUUGUGGGAGGAACGGAUGCUUCCAGAGGAGAGAUCCCCUGGCAGGUCAGCCUGAAGGAAGAUUCCAGUCAUUUCUGUGGAGCCACAAUAAUUGGGGACCGCUGGCUCCUGUCUGCAGCUCACUGCUUCAAUGGGACAAAUCCAGAAGAGAUUGAAGCCUAUGUGGGAACAACAUCACUGAAUGGAACAGAUGGAAAUGCAGUGAAAGUCAAUGUAACCAGAGUGAUCCAGCAUCCCCUCUUCGACCCCAUAUUCCUGGAUUUUGAUGUGGCUGUGCUUGAGCUUGCAAGACCCCUUGUCUUCAACAAACACAUACAGCCCAUCUGCCUCCCCCCUGCUUCACUGAUGUUUCCUGUUGGCAAGAAAUGUUUAAUUUCUGGCUGGGGUAGCCUCGAAGAAGGGAAUGUCACACAGCCUGAGGUCCUGCAGAAGGCUUCUGUGGGCAUCAUAGACCAGAAGAUCUGCAAUUUCCUCUACAACUUCUCCCUCACUGACCAAAUGAUCUGUGCUGGCUUCCUGGAGGGGCAGAUAGACUCAUGCCAGGGAGAUUCAGGUGGUCCCUUGGCCUGUGAGGUGACCCCAGGAGUCUUUUAUCUGGCUGGAAUCGUGAGCUGGGGAAUUGGUUGUGCCCAGGCUACAAAACCUGGUGUGUACUCCAGAGUUACCAAACUCAGAGACUGGAUCCUAGAGACCAUCUCAGAGCUGCCCAGUCCUGGCACCCCUUCCAGUCCAGCCAUCACCACAACCUCCAGUGCAGCCACCCUCACCCAGCAGCCCAGCACCACAGCUCCCAGUCCCACCAACAGAACCACACUGGGAAUGAAGAUGACCACAACCACGAAAGAAACCUCCACAGCUCUGACAAUCCCUGAGUCUGCCAAGCCCACCCAAACACCAGUGGUGCCUUGUACCAGUCUCACCUUCAAGUGUUCCAGUAAUGUCUGCAUUGGAAAAGAAAAUCCGGAGUGUGAUGGCAUCCUUGACUGCAGCAACGGCUUCGAUGAGCAGCACUGUGACUGUGGCUUAACGACAGCUUUGGCCUUCAGCAAGAUUGUGGGUGGCAGCACUGCAGCUCGAGGGGAAUGGCCCUGGCAAGUCAGUCUGUGGCUGAGGAGGAAGGAGCACAAGUGUGGAGCUGUCCUGGUUGCAGAGCGCUGGCUGCUCUCUGCAGCUCACUGCUUCGAUGUUUACAGUGACCCCAAAAUGUGGGUGGCCUUUCUAGGAACACCUUUCCUGAGCGGCAUUGAUGGCAAAAUGGAGAAAAUCCUCCGGAUCUACAAGCACCCAUUUUAUAAUGUCUACAGCCUGGACUACGAUGUGGCACUGCUAGAGCUGAACACACCCCUCAAGUUCAGCAGCACCAUCAAGCCUAUAUGUCUCCCAGACAAUUCCCACAUCUUCCGUGAAGGAGCCAGAUGCUUCAUCACAGGCUGGGGUUCCACAACAGAAGGAGGUCUCAUGUCCAAACAUCUGCAAAAAGCAGCAGUGACCAUGAUUGGAGACCAGGCCUGCAAAAAGUUCUACCCUGUCCAGAUCAGCAGCAGGAUGGUGUGUGCUGGCUUCCCUCAGGGCACCGUCGACAGCUGUUCAGGUGAUGCAGGUGGGCCCCUGGCUUGUAAAGAACCCUCAGGGAAGUGGUUUCUAGCAGGAAUCACAAGCUGGGGCUAUGGCUGUGCCAGGCCAUACUUCCCUGGUGUCUACACCAAAGUCACAGCUGUCCAGGGCUGGAUUGCACAGAACCUCAAGCUCUGAAGCUGCAUUUUGCCACUCAGGGAAAGCAACAGAAGGAGAGGAGUCAUUGCCAGAGGAUGCACUUACCCCUCAGCUACUGAACAUUUGUUUUUUUGAUGUUGCAAAGGGGUGAAGAUGGCUGCAGGUUUUAACCAAAUGUUGUGUGACCCACUGCAGCUGUGACACCAGGGCAUGUGAUAACUGCUUUGCAUAGAAAGGUAAAACUCUAGACAUUUUCUACAAAUAAAUGAGGCCUGUCCUAUC